AUGGCAUGCGUGGUUGUACGUGCAGCUCUCGGCAAUUUUCUGGUCUGGGAGGUGGUGGAUGUGGACCCAGAAGUGCUGCUACUAAAUAUAGACUUGAAUGCGCUCGUGCUGGAGGAACUGCCGAUCUCAGUGAAAGUAGCGGUGCCUGUGCCAGUAGAACUCCCAGUGCUGGUGCGGCUUGUUUGGCUCGUGCUUCUGCUGCUCGAGGUCGUAGAGAAAGACCCUGUCGUGCUGGUACUGCUGAGCGUCAACACCCUCGUGGAAGACGAAGUAGAGCUCCCAGUGCUGGUGCGGCUUGUUUGGCUCGUGCUUCUGCUGCUCGAGGUCGUAGAGAAAGACCCGGUCGUGCUGGUGCUGCUGAGCGUUAACACCCUCGUGGAAGGCGAAGUAGAGCUUCCAGUGCUGGUGCGGCUUGUUUGGCUCGUGCUUCUGCUGCUCGAGGUCGUAGAGAAAGACCCUGUCGUGCUGGUACUACUGAGCGUCAACACCUUCGUGGAAGAAGAAGUAGAGCUCCCAGUGCUGGUGCGGCUUGUCUGGCUCGUGCUUCUGCUGCUCGAGGUCGUAGUGAAAGACCCUGUCGUGCCGAUACUGCUGAGCGUCGAAACCUUCGUGGAAGACGAAGUAGAGCUCCCAGUGCUGGUGCGGUUUGUUUGGCUCGUGCUUCUGCUGCUCGAGGUCGUAGAAAAAGACCCUGUCGUGCUGGUACUGCUGAGCGUCAACACCUUCGUGGAAGACAAAGUAGAGCUCCCAGUGCUGGUGCGGCUUGUUUGGCUCGUGCUUCUGCUGCUCGAGGUCGUAGACAAAGACCCUGUCGUGCUGGUGCUGCUGAGCGUCAGCACCUUCGUGGAAGACGAAGUAGAGCUCCCAGUGCUGGUGCGGCUUGUUUGGCUCGUGCUUCUGCUGCUCGAGGUCGUAGAAAAAGACCCUGUCGUGCUGGUAGUGCUGAGCGUCAACACCUUCGUGGAAGACGAAGUAGAGCUCCCAGUGCUGGUGCGGCUUGUUUGGCUCGUGCUUCUGCUGCCCGAGGUCGUAGAGAAAGACACUGUCGUGCUGGUACUGCUGAGCAUCAACACCUUCGUGGAAGACAAAGUAGAGCUCCCAGUGCUGGUGCGGCUUGUUUGGCUCGUGCUUCUGCUGCUCGAGGUCGUAGAGAAAGACCCUGUCGUGCUGGUGCUGCUGAGCGUCAGCACCUUCGCGGAAGACAAAGUAGAGCUCCCAGUGCUGGUGCGGCUUGUCUGGCUCGUGCUUCUGCUGCUCGAAGUCGUAGAGAAAGACCCUGUCGUGCCGGUACUGCUGAGCGUCAACACCUUCGUGGAAGACCAAGUAGAGCUCCCAGUGCUGGUGCGGCUCGUUUGGCUCGUGCUUCUGCUGCUCGAGGUCGUAGUGAAAGACCCCGUCGUGCUGGUACUGCUGAGCGUCAACACCUUCCUGGAAGACGAAGUAGUACUGCUCGUGGUCGCCGUGACAGACCCUGUCGUGCUGGUACUGCUGAGCGUCAACACCUUCGUGGAAGACGAAGUAGAGCUCCCAGUGCUGGUGCGGCUUGUUUGGCUCGUGCUUCUGCUGCUCGAGAUCGUAGAAAAAGACCUUGUCGUGCUGGUACUGCUGAGCCUCAACACCUUCGUGGAAGACGAGGUAAAGCUCCCAGUGCUGGUGCGGCUUGUUUGGCUCGUGCUUCUGCUGCUCGAGGUCGUAGAGAAAGACCCUGUCGUGCUGGUACUGCUGAGCGUCAACACCUUCGUAAAAGACGAAGUAGAGCUCCCAGUGCUGGUGCGGCUUGUUUGGCUCGUGCUUCUGCUGCUCGAGGUCGUAGAGAAAGACCCUGUCGUGCUGGUACUGCUGAGCGUCAACACCUUCGUGGAAGACGAAGUAGAGCUCCCAGUGCUGGUGCGGCUUGUUUGGCUCGUGCUUCUGCUGCUCGAGGUCGUAGAGAAAGACCCUGUCGUGCUGGUACUGCUGAGCGUCAACACCUUCGUGGAAGACGAAGUAGAGCUCCCAGUGCUGGUGCGGCUUGUUUGGCUCGUGCUUCUGCUGCUCGAGGUCGUAGAAAAAGACCCUGUCGUGCUGGUACUGCUGAGCGUCAACACCUUCGUGGAAGACGAAGUAGAGCUCCCAGUGCUGGUCGUAGAAAAAGACCCUGUCGUGCUGGUACUGCUGAGCCUCAACACCUUCGUGGAAGUCGUAGAGAAAGACCCUGUCGUGCUGGUACUGCUGAGCGUCAACACCUUCGUGGAAGACGAAGUAGAGCUCCCAGUGCUGGUGCGGCUUGUUUGGCUCGUGCUUCUGCUGCUCGAGGUCGUAGAGAAAGACCCUGUCGUGCUGGUACUGCUGAGCGUCAACACCUUCGUGGAAGACAAAGUAGAGCUCCCAGUGCUGGUGCGGCUUGUUUGGCUCGUGCUUCUGCUGCUCGAGGUCGAAAAGAAAGACCCUGUGGUGCUGGUACUGCUGAGCGCCAACACCUUCGUGGAAGACGAAGUAGAGCUCCCAGUGCUGGUGCGGUUUGUUUGGCUCGUGCUUCUGCUGCCCGAGGUCGUAGAGAAAGACACUGUCGUGCUGGUACUGCUGAGCGUCAACACCUUCGUGGAAGACAAAGUAGAGCUCCCAGUGCUGGUGCGGCUUGUUUGGCUCGUGCUUCUGCUGCUCGAGGUCGUAGACAAAGACCCUGUCGUGCUGGUGCUGCUGAGCGUCAGCACCUUCGUGGAAGACGAAGUAGAGCUCCCAGUGCUGGUGCGGCUUGUUUGGCUCGUGCUUCUGCUGCUCGAGGUCGUAGAGAAAGACCCUGUCGUGCUGGUAGUGCUGAGCGUCAACACCUUCGUGGAAGACGAAGUAGAGCUCCCAGUGCUGGUGCGGCUUGUUUGGCUCGUGCUUCUGCUGCCCGAGGUCGUAGAGAAAGACACUGUCGUGCUGGUACUGCUGAGCAUCAACACCUUCGUGGAAGACAAAGUAGAGCUCCCAGUGCUGGUGCGGCUUGUUUGGCUCGUGCUUCUGCUGCUCGAGGUCGUAGAGAAAGACCCUGUCGUGCUGGUGCUGCUGAGCGUCAGCACCUUCGCAGAAGACAAAGUAAAGCUCCCAGUGCUGGUGCGGCUUGUCUGGCUCGUGCUUCUGCUGCUCGAGGUCGUCGAGAAAGACCCGGUCGUGCUGGUACUGCUGAGCAUCAACACCUUCGUGGAAGACGACGUAGAGCUCUCAGUGCUUUGGCUCGUGCUUCUGCUGCUCGAAGUCGCAGUGAAAGAUCCUGUUGUGCUGGUGCUGCUGAGCGUCAGCACCUUCGUGGAAGACGAAGUAGAGCUCCCAGUGCUGGUGCGGCUUGUUUGGCUCGUGCUUCUGCUGCUCGAGGUCGUAGAGAAAGACCCUGUCGUGCUGGUAGUGCUGAGCGUCAACACCUUCGUGGAAGACGAAGUAGAGCUCCCAGUGCUGGUGCGGCUUGUUUGGCUCGUGCUUCUGCUGCCCGAGGUCGUAGAGAAAGACACUGUCGUGCUGGUACUGCUGAGCAUCAACACCUUCGUGGAAGACAAAGUAGAGCUCCCAGUGCUGGUGCGGCUUGUUUGGCUCGUGCUUCUGCUGCUCGAGGUCGUAGAGAAAGACCCUGUCGUGCUGGUGCUGCUGAGCGUCAGCACCUUCGCGGAAGACAAAGUAAAGCUCCCAGUGCUGGUGCGGCUUGUCUGGCUCGUGCUUCUGCUGCUCGAGGUCGUCGAGAAAGACCCGGUCGUGCUGGUACUGCUGAGCAUCAACACCUUCGUGGAAGACGACGUAGAGCUCUCAGUGCUUUGGCUCGUGCUUCUGCUGCUCGAAGUCGCAGUGAAAGAUCCUGUUGUGCUGGUGGCUGUUUCUUCCGACUCAUCCAAGUUUGUGCUGGUUCGCGUCAUCUCCAAGAUCAUGGCUGUUGUAGUGGCUCGGACGGCUUGA